UAUGGAAAGCAAAAAAGAUGAGAUUAUUUGUAUUUCAUCAGAUGAUGAUGAAAAUAUAAAACAGAAUAAAACUGAUCACAAACAAAAAGCAGUUAUAGAAAUGUUAGAGGACAUUCGUAAUUCCCAUGUAAAAAGGGAAGUUUCUUCAAGUGGUAAUGAAAAAACGAAAGAACGUGGAAUAAAAAGAAAAUUAUCAGCAAUAAAUAGUGAUGAUGAUUCAUAUUUAAAAAAUCAUACAAAAGUGUUUGUGUGUGAAAUAGAAAAUAAUAUUAAAACAUGUAAUGUGGCAAGGAAAGAAAAAAAAGAAUCAGGAAAAGAAGCAGAAAAAGGAAUGGAAGAGAAUAAGACAUUAUUAAAACCAAAGUUGAUUGAAAAAGAAAGAAAAACUAUUUUUUCUGUGGAACAAGAUAUAUUUCCUAUGUUUAUUAGUUUAUGUUUGCAAAAAGAUCGUUCUGAAGAUAUGAAAAUUAUUGUUAAUAAAUUAAAGAGACGUUAUGAACAGUUGGAUCCUAUAUAUGCUAAUUCCGAAGCUUUUAUUAAUUUUUUGAAUGAGAAAAGAAAUGAUAUAAUGAAUAGUAAAAGUAAAUUAUUUAUAUAUAUUGCUGAAGUCAUGAAUGAAAUGAAAAGUAGCUGUAAAGGAAAGUCAACUUUGUUAUUAAAUGAUAAAGGAUGUAUUUCUGGUGGAAAUAAAUUAAAUAGAAAUAAUAAUUCAAAUGUACCUACAGCAAUGUGUUCAAAUAUGUCACAUAUGAUUAAUAAUGUAGUCAGUGAUAAUGAAAUAAUGUUAACUAAUACAGGAAAUGAAGAAAACCAGGAAGCAAAUCUCUCUAAACAAAAGAAAAUUAAUGUAAUAUUAAAAGCAAUGGAACAGUGCGAGAAGCGUAUAAAAAAAUUAGAAGAAAUGGAAAUAAAUUUUGAUGAUGAAAAUAAUAGUAAUUAUAUCAAAUUAGAAAAGUAUAAAUAUCGUAUGGUGGAACUUUAUAAUAAAUACUGUGACUAUACUGGAGAAAAUACUGACGCAGAACGACAAUACCUACGACCAAAGCACUUCAGUACAACUGGAAUUGUUGCAGUAGAUCAUGCUAUUACAAGUUUCAUUAAUUCAAAAAUAUCAAAACGGAAUAAGGUGAAAAAAAUUGGUGCUUUUAUGCAAGCACUAAUUUUUCCCGAUUACAGUGAUAUUUUGAAGUGUGUUACUAAAUGUAAUGAAUUACAUAAUUUAGGUUUGGACAACAAACAGCAGCACAAAAUUGCAAAGAAAGCAUUUAUCGAUUUGGGAGAAUAUUUGCAAAGAUGUAGACGCAAUGAUUAUUGGGAUACAUUUUCUUUAUAUCUUGAAAAUACAGAAGAUGAUCCUGCAUUGAAGGACAUGGCAUUAGCUGAAAAGUUGGUGCAAAAUAAGAGAGUUGGGGAGAAGAAAUUAUUAAAUGUAUUUGAGGAAUAUGUGAAGAAACAGGAAGAAAUGAAAGAUACAAUUACCAACUCCAGAACAUCAUCAGAGAAUGAAGAAGAUGAAGAUAGUGUAGAGAAUGAUAAUGAAGAUGAUAAUGAAAAUGAUAAUGAAGAUGAUAAUGAAGAUGAUGAUGUUAGUGAGAUUGAUAUAAAUUCUGAUAUAGAUAAAGAUAAAAGUAGUUCAUACGAAGAUGAAAAUAGUAUAGAUGGAGGUGAUGUAUCUAGAAAUGAUAUAAAUAAAAAAACGAAAUCUAGUGCAGAAAAAAGUGAUCCUGAUAUCAUAGAAAUAGAAGAAACCCAACCAACUGAGAUCAAUGAUAGAUUAAAAGGCAGUGGUAAUGUUAAUGUAAAAUUAAUAAAAGUAAAUGAUACUGUAAAUAUAUCUAAUCAUAAUUGUAAUUUGGACUCAGAGUCAAAAAUGGAAAAUGAUACUAUAUCAUCAUCUGAUACGACAUCAAAUUUAAAUACUUCAUCUAACACAGUGUUUUCAACUAUAACACAGAAUAAAAUUUCUAUCAGUAGAACAAAAGAGGAUGAACCUAAUAUUAUGAACGAAGAUUCAAUGGAUGAUAAGCUACUUAAGGAUAAGGAAGAAGAAACAGUAGAAAAACCAUUGUUACGAGUACGCUCUUUCGCUAAACCUCCGGUUACGUGGAAAGAUGUACAAGAGAAAGUAGACGAAUAUAAUGAACGUGAAAAUACAUCAAAGACAUUAACUAAUAAGGAUAUAAUAGAUCUUACACAAGAAAACGCGACUCUUCGUCAGUGUGCAACUAUUCAGAUUGGAUCUAAGGUACUUCCUAUUGUGAAAGGUAAUUACAAGACAUUUGUAAUACCAGCAGGUAACAGCAUAAUUAACGUAAAAAAUAUUACAAACAAUUAUGUGAGACUGAAUACUAAACCUGUGGAUUCAAGUAAUGUAACCAAAUUAGAAAGUGGUCAAAUCAUAUCUACGCAACGAGUAAUUGGUAAAAAUGCAAAAUCUGCAACUAUACAUUUAUCAUCGAAUGUACCUGCCAAUCAGGAAAUAAACACCGAUAAUCAGAUACAAAAAUCACAAACAAAACAAAAAAGCACAACUUUACAAAUUUCUCAGUCUAAUCAAAUUAUAGUAUUACCUUCAAAACGAGAGGAAAGUACCUCACAACGUCCAAAAACGAAUUCAUCGAUGUCACAACCUAAAUGACUCGUAGAAAGACUUAAAGUAAUUCAUCGUGAUCACUGUUAUGCAAAAGUAACAAAUGACAGAUGACCAACAGAUUGCGGUAAAUGAACGUAAUAAUUUU